AUGGGUGGACACACACAAAGUCAGGGUGUGGACACACAUCUGUGUUAUUAGAACAGACCACAGACACCCAGCCUCUGAUCCUGAGGCAACUUCACCUCCUCUCUCUCUCUCUUCUCUCCUCUCUCUCUCUCCCUCUCUCUCUCUCUCUCUCUCUAUGUUCUCUCCUCUCUAUCUCUCUCUCUCUCUCUCUCUCUCUCUUUCAUCUCUCCACUCUUCUCUCUCUCUCUCUCUCUCUAUCUCUCUCUCUUCUCUCCUCUCUCUCUCUAUCCCUCUCUCUCUCUCUCUCUCUCUCUUCUCUCUCUCUCACCCCUCUCUCAUAUCGUGAUUGUAGUUAUGAAGUCAGUUAUAAAGUGGUUGAGAAUGUUACAUCACUCAGGUGUGCUCACCUGAAGCCUGCAUUAUGUGGGUAGGAAAAGUGUUAGCUAGGAACCAGGUGGCUGCUGGGUGGUUGUCAGGUGGAGUGACCACUAGCUGAAGCUCAUCAUUAUGGAGUGGGCUCUACUGUGCUACUGGUGAUUUCUGAGUUUAGUCUAGUCACAGAGCUGCAUGUGUUUAGUCUAGUCACAGAGCUGCAUGUGUUCAGUCUAGUCACAGAGCUGCAUGUGUUCAGUCUAGUCACAGAGCUGCAUGUGUUUAGUCUAGUCACAGAGCUGCAUGUGUUUAGUCUAGUCACAGAGCUGCAUGGGUUUAGUCUAGUCACAGAGCUGCAUGUGUUCAGUCUAGUCACAGAGCUGCAUGUGUUUAGUCUAGUCACAGAGCUGCAUGUGUUUAGUCUAGUCACAGAGCUGCAUGUGUUCAGUCUAGUCACAGAGCUGCAUGUGUUUAGUCUAGUCACAGAGCUGCAUGUGUUCAGUCUAGUCACAGAGCUGCAUGUGUUUAGUCUAGUCACAGAGCUGCAUGUGUUUAGUCUAGUCACAGAGCUGCAUGGGUUUAGUCUAGUCACAGAGCUGCAUGUGUUUAGUCUAGUCACAGAGCUGCAUGUGUUUAGUCCACUCCUUUGAUUUCUGAGUUUAGUCUAGUCACAGAGCUGCAUGUGUUUAGUCUAGUCACAGAGCUGCAUGUGUUUAGUCUAGUCACAGAGCUGCAUGUGUUUAGUCUAGUCACAGAGCUGCAUGUGUUCAGCCUAGUCACAGAGCUGCAUGUGUUUAGUCUAGUCACAGAGCUGCAUGUGUUUAGUCUAGUCACAGAGCUGCAUGUGUUUAGUCUAGUCACAGAGCUGCAUGUGUUUAGCCUAGUCACAGAGCUGCAUGUGUUUAGUCUAGUCACAGAGCUGCAUGUGUUUAGUCUAGUCACAGAGCUGCAUGUGUUUAGUCUAGUCACAGAGCUGCAUGUGUUUAGUCUAGUCACAGAGCUGCAUGUGUUCAGUCUAGUCACAGAGCUGCAUGUGUUCAGCCUAGUCACAGAGCUGCAUGUGUUUAGUCUAGUCACAGAGAUGCAUGUGUUUAGUCUAGUCACAGAGCUGCAUGUGUUUAGCCUAGUCACAGAGCUGCAUGUGUUUAGUCUAGUCACAGAGCUGCAUGUGUUUAGUCUAGUCACAGAGCUGCAUGUGUUCAGUCUAGUCACAGAGCUGCAUGUGUUUAGCCUAGUCACAGAGCUGCAUGUGUUUAGCCUAGUCACAGAGCUGCAUGUGUUUAGUCUAGUCACAGAGCUGCAUGUGUUUAGUCUAGUCACAGAGCUGCAUGUGUUUAGUCCACUCCUUUGUAGUUAGUUAGUAUAACAACAAGUAACUUCAUCAAGAGGUUUUAGCCUCUUUCUUAAUAGCUAAGGUCUUGAACUGACAGUCUCAGGUACCUGGGUCCAUGUCCCAUUUGAGUACCAGUGCACUGUUUAGGGAAUAGGGUGCCGUUUGGGGCACAUCCCUGGAGUUGAGCCCGGCGGUUGUCGAACAGUUUACUGAUGUUACUGAGCAGGAUGGAAAAAUGUAGCCACAACUAGCUAAUGCUAAUCUGAGCCACUCGAUAAACAACAGGCAUAAUAAAGUGCCUUGGGAAAGUAUUCAAUCCCCUUGACUUUUUCAACAUUUUGAUAAGUUACAGCCUUAUUCUAAAAUGGAUAAAACUGUAUUUUCCCCAUCAUCAAUCUACACACAAUACCCCAUAUUGAAUAGAGCAAAAACAGGUUUUUAGAAUUUUUUAGCAAAUUUAUUACAAAGAAAAAACUGAAAAAUGACAUUUACAUACACUACCAGUCAAAAGUUUGGACACACCUACUCAUUCAAGGUGUUAUUUAUUUAUUUUUUGACAAUUUUUUUACAUUGUAGAAUAAUAGUGAAGACAUCAAAACUAUGAAAUAACACAUAUGGAAUCAUGUAGUAAGCAAAAAAGUGUUAAACAAAUCAAAAUAUAUUUUAUGUUUGAGAUUCUUCAAAUAGCCAGCCUUUGCCUUGAUGACAGCUUUGCACACUCUUGGCAUUCUCUCAACCAGCUUCACCUGGAAUGCUUUUCCAACAGUCUUGAAGGAGAUCCCACAUAUGCUAAGUUGUAGAAACAUCUUAAGGAGGAUCAAUGGAAACAGGAUGCACUUGAGCUCAAUUUCGUGUCUCAUAGCAAAGGGUCUGAAUAAUUACAGUAUGUAAAUAAGGUAUUUCUGUUUUUUAUUUGUUAUAAAUUUGCAAAAAUUUCUAAAAACCUGUUUUCGCUUUGUCAUUAUUGGGUAUUGUGUGUAGAUUGAUUAGUUUUUAUUUAUUUAAUCCAUUUUUGAAUAAGGCUGUAAGAUAACAAAAUGUGGAAAAAGUCAAUGGGUCUGAAUACUUUCCGAAUGCACUGUAUAUAUCUAAAAUCAAAUCAAAGUUUAUUGGUCGCGUGAACAGUUUUGUUGAUGUUAUCAUAGGUGCAGUGAAACGCUUAUGUUUCUGGCUCCAACAAUGCAGAAGUAUCUAGCAACACAAUAACAAUACACACAUAAUCCAAAAGUUAAAAAAGAAAGAACAAGAAAUUAAGAAAUAUCAGAACAAGCAAUAUUCCGAGUCCGGAAUUUAAAUAAAUAAAUAUAUACAUUUAAUGGUGUGUAUAGGCAGUAUGGACGGUAUAUGAAUAGAAAAGGUGCUUACGGCAGUAGUUAUAUAGGAUAAGCUAUGACUAGAAUACAGUAUAUCACAAAACAAAAAACUAAGUUUUAAGUGAGAAUAGGCAUUGGUCUGAAGCCGAAAAAUAAAGGAAAUUCAUGAGCACCACAAUGCCUCCUCCACCCAUGCUCCACCAAGGUACACCACAAUGGCUACUCCACCCAUGCUCCACCAAGGUUUUCCAGCACACAGCUUUGACCUACUACAGUAGCUAUGUUGGUAUUGUACUUCAAACUGUGUGCAGGCACCUGGUAGGGUCAGAGUUCCCUUCCUACCUGGUAGGGUCAGAGUUCCCUUCCUACCUGGUAGGGUCAGAGUUCCCUUCCUUCCUGGUAGGGUCAGAGUUCCCUUCCUACCUGGUAGGGUCAGAGUUCCCUUCCUUCCUGGUAGGGUCAGAGUUCCCUUCCUUCCUGGUAGGGUCAGUGUUCCCUUCCUUCCUGGUAGGGUCAGAGUUCCCUUCCUUCCUGGUAGGGUCAGGUUUAGGGCUGUUCCGGUGACCGUAUUACCGCCACACCGGCAGUCAUGAGUCAUUCGCAUAGGCCUAUGAGCCCAAGCCCGAAAAAGAGUUAAAAUAAUAAUUGUGCUGUUAUCCAAUACACAGCUUGAUAGCCUAAUUCAUAUUAGGCACGGCAGAAACACACUUUGGUACAUAAUUGGUCAGGUUGCUUAGGAUUCAAACCUUCUCAAACAGGAAGGUAAUUAUGCAACAUUAUCAUACAACAUUAUAAUUAAGCAAUAAGACCCGAGGGGGUGUGGUAUAUGGCCAAUAUACCACGGCUAAGGGCUGUUCUUACGUACGACGCAACGCGGAGAGCCUGGAUACAGCCCUUAGCCGUGGUAUAUUGGCCAUAUACCACAAACCCCUGAGGUGUCUUAUUGCUAUUAUAAACUGGUUACCAACGUAAUUAGAGCAGUAAAAAUAAACGUUUUGUCAUACCCGUGGUAUACGGUCUGAUAUACCACAGCUGUCAGCCAAUCAGCAUUCAGGGCUCGAACCACCCAGUUUAUAAUUUGUUUUUUAAUUUCCAUGGUUUUUACACCGGAAGACGAUUAUACAGCAUUAUAAUAACACAGUAAAACAAGUUAAGUAAAAGUAAACAACAAUGUCAAAUGUCAACAGAAAUAAUGUAGUUGUUAGUAUUUAGUUAAUAUUAACAGCUGAUAUUCCAGAGGGAAGCGAAAAACCAGAAACCCAUUUAAGCCAAUAUGGAGUAAACUGGCCAAAAAUUCCCUGAUCUCUUUUAAGACAAUCGAGCUCCUAGAAACUACACAAAUAAUCAACAUGUACCCAUUAACUAUUUACAUGUAAAUGUACCUUAUGGUUAACUGAAGAAAGGCCUAGUACUACGUUACCUGUAAACAAAGGUGAGUUAUCACUAAAUAUAACAUGUAUAACCAAAUGUACAUUCAUCAGAUAUAGUCAACUUUGUAAAUACAAUUCAGGGAUGGCCACAAUCGCUCUUGACAAGAUACAGGUUUAUGCAGGCUUUUUUUGUUCAAGGAAAGUUCUACCACAGCUGAUUUCUUCUAUUCAUGGUCUCGAUGAACAGGUGAGGUCUCGAUGAACAGGUGAGGUCUCGAUGAACAGGUGAGGUCUCGAUGAACAGGUGAGGUCUCGAUGAACAGGUGAGGUCUCGAUGAACAGGUGAGGUCUUGAUGAAUAGGUGGGGUCUCGAUGAACAGGUGAGGUCUCGAUGAACAGGUGAGGUCUCGAUGAACAGGUGAGGUCUCGAUGAACAGGUGAGGUCUCGAUGAACAGGUGAGGUCUCGAUGAACAGGUGAGGUCUCGAUGAACAGGUGAGGUCUUGAUGAACAGCUGAGUAGUAGAAUCAGAUGUAGUAGCACUGGCCUUGAACAGAAAAUCCUGCAUAACGCAGUUGAUCGGCAAGAGCAAUUUUGAUAACUCCUGAUAAAAAACACUGCAACAAAUUACACUUACAUGUACGUCAUUUAGCAGACGCUCUUAUCCAGAGCGACUUACAAAUAACAAACCUCUGAGAAAAUACCUGUAAAAUACAGUCAUUAGACAAGCACAGAACUCUUAAGAAGAAUUAUAGACAUAUUUACAAAAUCUGAAAUUUGGAUAGGUGCUCUAAAAUCCUUCAAUACAAAACUUCAGCUACAAAUGUCGUAAGUAAUGCCGUACACAGCUGUCCAUCUCCAGUAAAAGAACACAUAUCAUCAUUUAUAAAUAUGAAAACAUUUGGGAAUGCUCACAGAUUUGGAACAGAACAUACAUGUUAAGUAUUGACAGUGUGUAGUACCAUGCGUGGGUCGGCAUUAAGUCGUUUGUCAGUUCCACAUGGGCCAGCUUGCAUUUCUCCGUGACAGGCUCAUUUCCCACAAUCCGCCACUCUGCCAUAAAGAACUGCCCCUAGGCAGUGCCGUAGGGAUGGCGUGCAUCUCAUGGAUGAGGGGCAACGACCUCUUCCUUCCUUGAGAGUCUGAGAGCUGGUCUCUCCUCCGUUCUAGCAAGACACACACAGUACCCACCACCACACUUACUACCACUUGCCUGGCCUCUCCAUGAACCCAAAGGCUCUUUAAAGAGCCACGUAAUAAAUGCAAAUAAGCACUGUGUGUCAAAACGAUACACUAAAGAGAAUUAUCAAAAUGUAUCGUCUGAGAGGCAAACCCAGGACCUUCAGUUCCCAAGGCAGUAACACACUUGUGUUUUAAACAUGUCAACUUGACACUCUAUUUAACCUUUCACUGCAGUGGGCUAAAUCAGGGUCACACAGUGUCUAUUGGUAGGUCUUAAACAAAUCUAAUUUGAAACAAAAGUAUACACCUCACACACAUGGUUAUGGGCUUAAAGAAAGAAGACACCUGUACCAUGUCAGAUAUAGAGUUGAAAUGUAUUACAUUUUGAGUUUGCAUCCAAAUAUUACACUUUAUAUACAUCACUUCCACUUUGAAGAUGCAAAAUAUUUUUUCUUGUGAAACAAACAAGAAAUAAGACAAAAAAACUGAAAAGUUUGGAUGGGUUCUGCUGGUUGGAUGGGUUCUGCUGGUUGGAUGGGUUCUGCUGGUGUACAGCAAUCUUUAAGUCAUACCACAGAUUCUCAAUUGGAUUGAGGUCUGGGCUUUGACUAGGCCAUUCCAAGACAUUUAAAUGUUUACCCUUAGAUCACUCAAGUGUUGCUUUAGCAGUAUGCUUAGGGUCAUUGUCCUGCUGGAAGGUGAACCUCCAUCCCAGUCUCAAAUCUUUGGAAGACUGAAACAGGUUUCCCUCAAGAUUUUCCCUGUAUUUAGUGCCAUCCAUCAUUCCUUCAAUUCUGACCAGUUUCCCAGUCCCUGCCGAUGAAAACCAUCUCCACAGCAUGAUGCUGCCACCACCAUGCUUCACUGUGGGGAUGGUGUUCUCAGGGUGAUGAGAGGUGUUGGGUUUGCGCCAGACAUAGCGUUUUCCUUGAUGGCCAAAAAGCUCAAAUCUGACCAGAGUACCUUCUUCCAUAUGUUUGGGGAGUCUCCCACAUGCCUUUUGGCGAACACCAAAUGUGUUUACUUAUUUUUUUUCUUUAAGCAAUUUUUUCAAUACAUUUGAAAACAAUUUUUGUCAUUAUGGGGUAUUGUGUGUAGAUGGGUGAGAAAAAAUAUCAAUGUAAUCCAUUUUGAAUUCAGGCUGGAACACAACAAAAUGUGGAAUACAUCAAGGGGUCUGAAUACUUUCUGAAGACACUGUACAUAGAGCAGCAGUCUCUAAAGUCUCUGUGGUCCUCUGUAGCUCAGCUGGUAGAGCACGGCGCUUGUAACGCCAGGGUAGUGGGUUCGAUCCCCGGGACCACCCAUACGUAAAAAUGUAUGCACACAUGACUGUAAGUCGCUUUGGAUAAAAGCGUCUGCUAAAUGGCAUAUUAUUAUUAUUAUUAUUAAGGGGCACUGAGUAAAUGUCAGGUCUGCUGAGCGCAAACUUGAACGUUGUGAAAAUUCUGUGCAACUUCCAGCGACCGUUUACUGUGAACGCUUUAAGUUACAGUUUCAGACCGUGGUCAAGUAGACUACUGUGGCUGUUUGAUCAUAAUGUAGGCCUACCAGAGUGGCCUACCAUCAAAAACAAUGGUGAAAAAUGGACCACAUAAUUAAAAUGACCAGUGUUCAAUGACUAUGUACAUAGGGCAGCAGUCUCUAAGGUAAUAAUAAUAAUAAUAAUAAUAAUAAUAUGCCAUUUAGCAGACGCUUUUAUCCAAAGCGACUUACAGUCAUGCGUGCAUACAUUUUUGUGUAUGGGUGGUCCCGGGGAUCGAACCCACUACCUUGGCGUUACAAGCGCCGUGCUCUACCAGCUGAGCUACAGAGGACCAAGGUGCAGGGUAGAGUACCUGGGUGGUAACAGGCUAGUAACAGUGACUAAGGUUCUGGGCAGGGUACUGGGCGGAGGCCGGCUAGUGAUGACUGUUUAACAGUCUGAUGGCCUGGAGAUAGAAGCUGUUUAUCAGUCUCUCGGUCCUAGCUUUGAUUCACCUGUACUGUCUCCGCCUUCUAGAUGGUAGCGGGUGAACAGGCCGUGGCUCAGGUGGCUGAGGUCCUUGAUGAUUUUCUUAUCCUUCCUGUGACACCGGGUGCUGUAGAUGUCCUGGAGGGCAGGCAGUGUGCCCCUGGUGAAUCAGAUGGCGUUCACAAAAAAAUUGUUAAUGGGAAAGUCCUCAUUAAGUCCUUUUGGAGACAUAGUUUAGACAGAAGGAUUCUCUUUGCAAUAAAAGUAUAUCAAAUCAAAUCAAAUUUUAUUGGCCACACGCGCCGAAUACAACAGGUGCAGAUGCUUACUUACAGCUCUUAACCAACAGUGCAUUUAUUUUUAAUAAAAAAGUAAAAUAAAACAACAACAAAAAAGUAUAAAAUAACAGUAGGGAGGCAAUAUAUACAGGGGGGUACCGGUGCAGAGUCAAUGUGCGGGGGCACCGGCUAGUUGAGGUAGUUGAAGUAAUAUGUACAUGUGGGUAGAGUUAAAGUGACUAUGCAUAAAUAAUUAACAGAGUAGCAGCAGCGUUAAAAAGAUGGGGUGGGGGGGGGGGGGGGGGGGGGGGGGGGGGGGGGGGGCAGUGCAAAUAGUCCGGGUAGCCAUGAUUAGCUGUUCAGGAGUCUUAUGGCCUGGGGGUAGAAGCUGUUGAGAAGUAUUUUGGACAUAGACUUGGCGCUCCGGUACCGCUUGCCGUGCGGUAGCAGGGAGAACAGUCUAUGACUAGGGUGGCUGGAGUCUUUGACAAUUUUGAGGGCCUUUCUCUGACACCGCCUGGUAUAGAGGUCCUGGAUGGCAGGAAGCUUGGCCCCAGUGAUGUACUGGGCCGUACGCACUACCCUCUGUAGUGCCUUGCGGUCGGAGGCCAAGCAGUUGCCAUACCAGGCGGUGAUGCAACCAGUCAGGAUGCUCUCGAUGGUGCAGCUGUAGAAUUUUUUGAGGAUCUGAGGACCCAUGACGAAUCUUUUCAGUCUCCUGAGGGGGAAUAGGCUUUGUCGUGCCCUCUUCACGACUGUCUUGGUGUGUUUGGACCAUGAUAGUUCGUUGGUUAUGUGGACACCAAGGAACUUGAAGCUCUCAACCUGUUCCACUACAGCCCCGUCGAUGAGAAUGGGGGCAUGCUCAGUCCUCUUUUUUUUCCUGUAGUCCACAAUCAUCUCCUUUGUCUUGGUCAUGUUCAGGGAGAGGUUGUUAUCCUGGCACCACAUGGCCAGGUCUCUGACCUCCUCCCUAUAGGCUGUCUCAUCGUUGUCGGUGAUCAGGCCUACCACUGUUGUGUCGUCGGCAAACUUAAUGAUGGUGUUGGAGUCGUGCCUGGCCAUGCAGUCAUGGGUGAACAGGAAGUACAGGAGGGGACUGAGCACGCACCCCUGAGGGGCCCCCGUGUUGAGGAUCAGUGUGGCAGAUGUGUUGUUACCUACCCUUACCACCUGGGGGUGGCCCGUCAGGAAGUCCAGGAUCCAGUUGCAGAGGGAGGUGUUUAGUCCCAGGAUCCUUAGCUUCGUGAUGAGCUUUGAGGGCACUUUGGUGUUGAAUGCUGAGCUGUAGUCAAUGAAUAGCAUUCUCAUGUAGGUGUUCCUCUUGUCCAGGUGGGAAAGGGCAGUGUGGAGUGCAAUAGAGAUUGCAUCAUCUGUGGAUCUGUUGGAGCGGUAUACAAAUUGGAGUGGGUCUAGGGUUUCUGGGAUAAUGGUGUUGAUGUGAGCCAUGACCAGCCUUUCAAAGCACUUCAUGGCUACAGACGUCAGUGCUAUGGGUCGGUAGUCAUUCAGGCAGGUUAUCUUAGUGUCCUUGGGCACGGGGACUAUGAUGGUCUGCUUGAAACAUGUUGGUAUUACAGACUCAGUCAGGGACAUGUUGAAAAUGUCAGUGAAGACACUUGCCAGUUGGUCAGCACAUGCUCGGAGAACACGUCCUGGUAAUCCGUCUUCCCCUGCGGCCUUGUGAAUGUUGACCUGUUUAAAAGUCUUACUCACAUCGGCUACGGAGAGCGUGAUCACAUAGUCAUCCGGAACAGCUGGUGCUCUCAUGCAUGUUUCAGUGUUGCUUGCCUCGAAGCGAGCAUAGAAGUGGUUUAGCUCGUCUGGUAGGCUUGUGUCACUGGGCAGCUCGCGGCUGUGCUUCCCUUUGUAGUCUGUAAUAGUUUUCAAGUCCUGCCACAUCCGACGAGCGUCAGAGCCGGUGUAGUACGAUUCAAUCUUAGUCCUGUAUUGACUCUUUGCCUGUUUGAUGGUUCGUCGGAGAGCAUAGCGGGAUUUCUUAUAAGCGUCCGGGUUAGAGUCCCGCUCCUUGAAAGCGGCAGCUCUACCCUUUAGCUCAGUUCAGAUGUUUCCUGUAAUCCAUGGCUUCUGGUUGGGGUAUGUACGUACGGUCACUGUGGGGACGACAUCAUCGAUGCACUUAUUGAUGAAGCCAGUAACUGAUGUGGUGUACUCCUCAAUGCUAUCUGAAGAAUCCCGGAAUAUGUUUCAGUCUGUGCUAGCAAAACAGUCCUGUAGUUUAGCAUAGUUUAGCAUCUGCGUCAUCAGACCACUUUUUUAUUAACCGAGUCACUGGUGCUUCCUGCUUUAGUUUUUGCUUAUAAGCAGGAAUCAGGAGGAUAGAGUUAUGGUCAGAUUUGCCAAAUGGAGGGCGAGGGAGAGCUUUGUAUGCGUCUCUGUGUGUGGAGUAAAGGUGGUCUAGAGUUUUUUUUCCUCUGGUUGCACAUUUAACAUGCUGGUAGAAAUGAGGUAGAACGGAUUUAAGUCUCCCUGCAUUAAAGUCCCCGGCCACUAGGAGCGCUGCCUCUGGAUGAGCGUUUUCCUGUUGACUUAUGGCCUUAUACAGCUCAUUCACUGCAAUCUUAAUGCCAGCAUUGGUUUGUGGUGGUAAAUAUCAAUGUCCCCUCCUCGUCUCGGUACUUCGACAUGCUCGAUACCCAUGUACUUCAAUGAGGAAACAUUGUGUCUGGCAGUCAUAAAGUGCAUAGCGACUGGACUUUUGGGGUCUUGGUUUCUGAUGCUACUUCUAUGUUCGGAAAUGUGUGUCUUGAGUGCCCGGCACAUUUUACCCACACAGGCCAGGCCACAAGGGCAUGUCAAUAGGUAGACUACGUUCUUUGUAGCACAUGUUAUAAUACCCUUAAUUUUGAAAGGUUUUCCUGUCAAAGGUGUGGCAUUUGCUCGUGAAAUUACACUGUGGGCAACGUGCACACCUGUAAUUACCCUCUUGGACAUGGUCAAGGAAAGUAUCAGGGUUUUUUUUGGGGGGGGGGGGGGCAAAUCUGACCUUACAACCAUCUGUCUGAUGUUAGGGGGGCGUUUGUACACUAUCCGGGGAGGGUGUUUAAAAAUUGUGGAUAGUCUGAAGUCUGUGUUCAGUACAUGCCAGGGCCCUCACCUCCUCCCUGUAGGCUGUCUCAUUGUUGGUAAUCAGGCCUACCACUGUUUUGUCGUCAGCAAACUUGAUGAUUGAGUUGGAGACGUGCGUGGCCACGCAGUCAUGGGUGAACAGGGAGUACAGGCGAGGGCUGGAUAUGCACCCUUGUGGGGCCCCCAUGUUGAGGAUCAGCGUAGUGGAGGUGUUGUUGCCUACCUUCACCACCAGGGGGCGGCCCGUCAGGGAGUCUAGGUCCCGAGCUUAGUGAUGAGCUUGGAGGGCACUAUGGUGUUAAAGGCACAGCUGUAGUCAAUGAACAGCAUUCUGACAUAGGUAUUCCUCUUGUCCAGAUGGGAUAGGGCAGUGUGCAUUGUGAUGGAGAUUGCAUCAUCCGUGGAUCUAUUGGGGCGGUAAGCAAAUUGUAGUGGGUCUAGGGUGUCGGGUAAGGUGGAGUUGAUAUGAUCCUUAACUAGCCUCUCAAAGCACUUCAUGAUGACAGAAAUGAGUUCUACGGGGCGAUAGUCACUUAGUUCAGUUAAGUUUAGCCUUCUUGGGUACAGGAACAAUGGUGGACAUCUUGAAGCAAGUGGGGACAACAGACUGGGAUGGGGAGAGAUGGAAUAUGUCCGUAAACACUUCAGCCAGCUGGUCUGCAAGGGCCGGCAGCCUUGCAAGGGUUAACACGCUUGAAUGUCUUCCUCAUAUUGGCCACGGAGAUCGGGAGUCCUCCACGUCGGCAGCUGGGUGUUGUUUUCCUCGAAGCAGGUGAAGAAGGUGAUUACUCACAACGGUCUAUAUCCAAAAAAUUCAUGAAAACAAAAAUGUGCUUUUUGGUCUUAAUUUAAGGUCAGGUUUAGGCAUAAGGUUAGCAGUGUGGUUAAAGUCAGGUUUAGGUAUAAGGUUAUCAGUGUGGUUAAGGUUAAGGUCAGGUUUAGGCAUAAGGUUAGCAGUGUGGUUAAGGUCAGGUUUAGGCAUAAGGUUAGCAGUGUGGUUAAGGUUAGGUUUAGGCAUAAGGUUAGCAGUGUGGUUAAGGUUAAGGUCAGGUUUAGGCAUAAGGUUAGCAGUGUGGUUAAGGUUAAGGUCAGGUUUAGGCAUAAGGUUAGCAGUGUGGUUAAGGUCAGGUUUAGGCAUAAGGUUAGCAGUGUGGUUAAGGUCAGGUUUAGGCAUAAGGUUAGCAGUGUGGUUAAGGUCAGGUUUAGGCAUAAGGUUAGCAGUGUGGUUAAGGUUAAGGUCAGGUUUAGGCAUAAGGUUAGCAGUGUGGUUAAGGUCAGGUUAGGUUUAAAAUCACAUUUUAAGAAGAUAAACUGUAGAAAUAGGCAGGGUUUAUGACAGCUAGUGACGACUCCGGCUUUGUGUGUGUGAUGUGGGGUGAGCGGUGUGUGAUGUUACUGUUCCACACCUCAGCGCUGUGCUGAAACACCAUGGCAUUAUGGGAUGGAUCCACAGGGCCUGUAAACAACAACACACUGAGGUUCCAUCCCAUAUUCCCUACAUGCACUAGUCAAACGUAGUCCAGAGCCACUUACAGUUAGUGAGUGGAUACAUUUUUUCAUACUGGCCCCCCGUGGGAAUCGAACCCACAACCCUGGCGUUGCAAGCGCCAUGCUCUACCAACUGAGCUACAGGAGGCUGCACUAUAUAGGGAAUAGGGUGCUAUUUUGAUACGAAGCCUGACACAAGCAACACAACACUGACUCACUCACAGACAGACAGACAGACAGACAGACAGAAGACUGUUGAGGACUGUUAUUAUGACUAUAGAACGAUGCCUGUAAUCAAUCAGCCUGUUGUUGUUGUUAGGUUCUGCCAGUGAAAUGGACAGGGGCGUGGUGGGGGGAGGGGGGACAGGAUGUGGGAGAUGGUAGAGGUCAGGGAGAAAGGAGCCAACACUGAGUCACCCAGACAGACGGACAGGACUGUUAUUAUGACUGUAAAAAUAUGGAUGUAGGGACUGUAAUCUGCCUGUUGUGAGGUUUGGGGGAGAAGGAUAAGACUUGGGAGAGAUGGUAGAGGUUAGGGAGAGACGGUAGAGGUUAGGGAGAGAUGGUAGAGGAUAGGGAGAGAUGGUAGAGGUUAGGGAGAGAUGGCAGAGGUUAGGGAGAGAUGGCAGAGGUUAGGGAGAGAUGGUAGAGGUUAGGGAGAGAUGGUAGAGGUUAGGGAGAGAUGGUAGAGGUUAGGAGAGAUGGUAGAGGUUAGGGAGAGAUGGUAGAGGUUAGGGAGAGAUGGUAGAGGUUUGAGGAGAGAUGGUAGAGGUGAGAGAGACGGUAGAGGUUUAGGGAGAGACCGGUAGAGGUUAGGGGCGAGAUGUAGAGGUUUGGAGCAUGGUAGAGGUUUACGGAGAGAUGUGUAGAGGUUCCAGAGAGAUUGUUUAUAGGUUCCCGGAGAGAUGGUAGAGUUAGGGAAGAUGUAAGGUUAGGGAGUAUACGGUAGAUUUAGGGAGAGAUGGUAGAGGUUACACGCGUGGUAGAGAGUUUGGGUAAGAUGGUAAGGUUAGGUGAGAGAAACUUGGAUUUAGUGGAAGAUGGUAGAGGUUCCGAGAAGAUGGUAGAGGUUACGUGAAGACGGUAGCACGGUUCCAGAUGAUGGUAGCCGGUUAGGGAAGAUGGUUAGGUUCUGGCGAGAUGUUUAGCGGUUGAGGGGCGAUGUUACUUGUUCCGAAGAUGGUACGGUGAGGGCGCGCUUGUACCAGUUUUCAGGGAAGACGGUUGAGGUUAGGCUCAUAUGUUUAGAGGAAUAGGGAGGAUGGUAGCGGUUAGUGCACUCUUGCAGACGUUUCAGGGCAGGAUAUAGGCAGAGUUAGGGAGCGAUGUAGCGGUUAGGGAUGCGCUGGUUAGAAGGUUAGGGAGAGAUGUUAGCAGGUUCCCUCGCGCUGGUAGAGAGUGAGGUGCAGAGACUUGUAGAUGUUAAGGGAAGAUGGUAGAGGUUAGGGAGAUACUUACGGUUAGGAGCGAUGGUAUCGGUUAGGUUCGAAGGUAUACGGUUCGGUAGCAGUUGGUAGCAAGGUUACGGGAGCUGAUUGUAGCGGUUAGGGAGAGUAUUUGGUACGCAGGUUCUGGAUAUCUGGUGAGUUUUACGGAUCAGUGUAGAGGUUAGGGAGAGACGGUAUAGGUUUAGGUAGCAUGAAUGUUACAGUUCGGGAGAGAUGUAGCGGUGAGAGAAUGGUAAGUUGAGAGAGACGGUAGACGGUUAAGGGCAGAGAUGUUAGUUAGGGAGAGAUGGUAGAGGUUAGGAGAGAUGGUAUAAGGUUUCGGGAACGAUGUUAGAUGUUAGGAGAGAUGGUAGUUUAGGGAGAGUGGUUAGAGGUUAGGAGCCGCUGGUCCGAGUGUUACCGAAGAUGUAGAGGUUACCAGAGGAUUGUAGAGGUUAGGGGAGCCGUAGAGGUUAAAGAGAGAUGGUAGAGGUUGGGAGACGACGGUAUACGGUUUUGGGGAGACGAUUGGGUAGAGCUUUAGAGAGAUGGUUAGCGGUUAGGGCGGCCUGCGGUAGAGUGUAGGGACAUAACGUUCGUUAGGGACUAGAUGUGUGAGGUUACAGACGCAGCUGGUAUAAGGUUAGAGGACGAUGGGUAGAGGUUAGGGAGACGGUGGAUUUAGGGAUAGAUGGUAGAGGUUACAGAGAGAAUCGGUAGACGGUUUACGGAGAGCGGUAUAGGUUACAGAGAGAUGAGUAGAGGUAGGAAGAUUGGUCGAGGUUAGGGGAGCCGGUAGAUUUAGGGGAGAUGGUAGAGGAUUAGGGAGAUAUGGUUAGAGGUUCACGGCGAGAUUGGGGGGUACGAGUUAAUGGAACGCUGUAGAGGGUAGGGGAUAUGGUAGCGGUUCGGAAGAUAUGGACCGUAUUUAGCGGGAGAAUUGGAUAGCGGUUCGGGAGGAGAUGGAAAGGUUACAGAGACUGGUAGAGUUACGGCGACGACGGUAGGUAUACGAUGCAGAUGUAGAGGUUGGAGAGCCCUGUUCGCGUUAGUGCGAGACGGUCGUUUCUGGCGAGGAUGGUAUAGUUCUGGCAGAUGGAUACGGUUCUGGCGCCGGCUGGUCUCGGUUAGGGCGAGAUGGUAUAGUUUACUGGGGAGCUGUCUUUUCCGGCGAUGCAUGGUCGAUGUUAGGGCAGAUUGGUGGAGGUUCCGGAGAGUAUUCUAUCCGAUUUACUGAGAGCUGGUUAAGAGGUUUAGGGGGGGGGGGGGGGGGGCGGGGGAGGGGUGGCGACGCUCGUUUCGCGGUUAGGGAAGGGCAGUUGUAGGCGGUUGGGACAGCUGGUAUGUCUGUUUCUGGCGCGCUUGGUAACUAGGUUCGGUGCGCGCAUUGGUCGAUGUGGUUUAGGGGCGCCGAUGGUAAUGUUCGGCUAGUAUUGUAGGUCGAGUUAAGUGGCGAGAUGUAGAGGUGUGGCGGGUGAGAGACAUGGUAUAGGUUAUGGGACAGGGGGCUAACCCGACGUCCCCCAUAUCGGCAGAGGCAGUGAGAAGGACACGGGUUCUGGGAGAGUGCGGCCGGAGUUCAGGGUGUUGAUGGGCGAAACUUGUGAUUCACCGGAGAUUACCAAUUUAGAUUGUCCUUGAGGGAGGGUUGAGGGUCAGUGGUGCCAGUGCAGCAGGCUUCGUUGUUUGUAGGCGCGCCCGGGCGCGCGCGCCACCGCGGUGCCACGCGCCGCGCUCGCUCUCCGCGUCGCGCUCUCUCGCCGCGCGCGCGACGGAAGGGCGCGCGCGCUCGAGAGAGAGAAGAUAGCGCGACGGCCGUAUAGCCGUAUCAAUGAGAGAUCUAGUCCGCGACGCGCAUCAGCACGAUCCACUCGGUGCCCCUACGAGCCAGCGUAAGGGGAGAAAGAGAGGGAUUUAGGAUGCAGCUAAAACAGUGCCACCUACUGGAAGUGUUAGGAAAUGCAGACACCCAUGCUAACCCCAAUCAGCGUUCAUGUCCAUGUCGCCCACGUUCCCCCUGGCACAGACGAUCUGUUUUGAUUUACAUUUGUAUUAUCCGUCACUACCAUGAUUCAAGUAAAAUCACAAUAAUUACACAUGUUCCUGGAUUUAGGUUGAAAAGUGUGGUGCAAAAAAAAAGACUAAAUUCCCUCAAGUUGAUGACUUUUCGCUAACCCAAACAGUUUUCCAGGUUGAUUCAACAUCAUUACAUGAAUAUUUUUGUUUACAUUAAGUGAAAACAUGUUGAUUCAACAUUCUUUUCUCAGUGGGGUUGCCAGACUUGUGGGUUCUCUGCAUUUCCGAUUGCUGAGUAAGCGAAGAGCAUGGAAGCGGCCCAAAUGGGAACCCUAGUCCCUAUUAGUGCACUACUACUUUAGACCAGAGAAUGGCACCCUAUUCCCUAUAUAGUGCACUACUUAGACCAAGAAUGGCACCCUAUUCCCUAUAUAGUGCACUACUUUAGACCAGAGAAUGGGCACCCUAUUCCCUUUAUAUGCACUCCUUUAGACCAGAGAAUGGCACCCUAUUCCCUAUUAUGUGCACUACUUUAAGACCAGAGAAUGCGCACCCUAUUCCCCCAUCAUAGUGCACUACUUUGAGACCAGAAUGGCACCCUAUUCCCUUAGGUGCACUACUUAGACCAGAGAAUGGCACCCUAUCCCUAUAUAGUGGGCACUACUUUAGACCAACAGUAGAAGGGCACCCUAUUCCCUAUAUAGUGCACAUACUUUAACAAGAGAAUGGCACCCUAUUCCCUAUAUAGUGCACUACUUUAGACCCAGAGAUGGCACCCUAUCCCUAUAUGUGCACAUACUUUAGACAAGAAUGGCACCCUGUUCCCUAUAUAGUGCCACUUUAAGACCAUAUAAUUGCACCCCUAUUCCUAUAGUAGUGACACUACAUUAGACCAGAGAAUGGCACACUAUUCCCUACUAUAAGUGCACUACUUUUUAGACCAGAAAUGGCACCCUAUUCCCUAUAUAGUGUCACUCUUGACCAGAGAUGGAACCCUAAUUCCCUAUAUGUGCACUACUUUAACAGGAAUGGCACCCUAAUUACCGAUAUAGUGCACUACUUUAGACCAAGAAUGCGCACCCUUUCCCUAUAUAUUCACUACUAGACCAGAGAAUGGCAACCCUAUUCCCUAAUAUAGUUGCUACUUUACCAGAGGAAUGGCCCCCUAUUCCUAAUAUAUUGCACUACUUAGAACAGAAAUGGCCCCUAUCACUAUAUGUGCACUACUUUAACCCGAGAAUGGCACCCAUUUCCCUAUAUAGUGCACUACUUUUUAGACCAUAGAAAUGUCCCCUAUUCCCUAUAUAGUACACUACUUUAGACCAGAGAAUGGCCCCCCUAUUCCUAUAUAGUGCACUACUUUUAGACCAAGAUAAUGGCCCACUAUUCCCUUAUAUAGUGCACUACUUUAGACCAGAGAAUGCAAUAACCCUAUUCCCGUAUUAUUGGCAGGCUACUUUUUAGACCAGAGAAUGGUCACCCUUUCCUAUAUAGUGCACUACUUUAGACAAAAAUGGCACCCCUAUUCCCAUAUCUGCACUAAACUUUAAGGACCAGAUAAGGCACCAUAUUCCCGAUUAGUGCACUACGUUCGACCAAGAAUGUGCAACCCUAUCCCUAUAUAGUGCCUACUUUAGACGCAGAGAAUGGCACCUAUUCCCUCUAGAGGGCACUACUUUUAGGACCAAGAAUGGCACCCAUUCCUCUAGGUGCACUCUUUAGACCAUAGAUUGCACCCUAUUCCCAUAUAGUGCACUAACUUUAACCAAGAGAAUGGCACCCUAGUCCCUAUAUAGUGCACUACUUUAGACCGAUAGAAUGGCACACCCUAUUCCCUAUAAUCGUGCAACUACUUUAGACCAGGAAGGCACCAUUCCUUAAGUGCACUCCUUUAGACCAGAGAUGGCACCCUAUUCCCUAUAUAGUGCACUACUCUUAGACCAUAGAAUGGCACCCUAUUCCCUAUAUAUGCACUACUUUAACUAGAGAAUGGCACCCUAUUCCUAAUAUAGUGCACUACAUUGACCCGAAGAGAAUGGCACCCCAAGUCCCUAUAUAGUGCACGACAUUAGACCAUAGCUGGCAACCGCUAUUCCCUAUAGAGUGCACUACAUUAGACCAAGACAUGCAGCCCUAUUCCCUAAUAGUGCAACUACUUUAGCACCAGAGGAAUGGCACCCUAUUCCCCUAUAAAGUGGCACUACUUUAGACCAGAGAAUGGCACGCCGAUCCCUAUAUAUGGCAGCUACUUAACCAGAGAAUGGCACCCUAUUCCCUAUAUAGUGCACUACUUUUAGACCAGAAUGGCACCCUAUUCCCUAUAUAUGCCUACAUUAACCAGAGAAUUGCACCCUGUAGUCCCUAAUAGUGCCUACUUUAGACAGAGAAUAGGGCACCCUAUUCCCUAUAUAGUGCACUACUUUAGACCAUAGAUGCACCCCUAUUCCCUAAUAAGUAACCUACGUUUUAACCAAGAAUGGGACCCUAUUCCUUAGGUGCACUACUUUAGACCAGAGAAAGGGCACCCUAUUCCCUAUAUAGUACACUACUUUAGACCAUAGAAUGGGCACCCUAUUCCCUAUAUAGUAGGCACCACUUUUUGACCAGAGCCGAAUGGUAACAGGGUUCCAUUUUGGACACAGGAGCCUAUUACGUCUGUCUACACAGGAGUAAUUGUUCAUGAGAACCUGAGGGUGUGGGUAUGGAACAUUUUGGUGUUUGUUUGUCGGGGAUUAGGGGAGCACAGGUGGGUGGGUAGGGGGGUGGGGUGGUUCAUCAAUUCGAGUCUGUGACGCAUCAUCCCUGAUAAUGGCAUACAACGAUUCCUUGCUCAAACCAGGGAUGUAGUUUUGGUGUGUGUGGUGUGUGUGUGUUUGUGUUUGUGUUUGUGUGUGUGUGUGUGGUUGUGUGUGUGUUUUUGUGGUGUGUGUGUGUGUGUGUGUGGUGUGUGUGUGUGGUGUGUUUGUGUGUGUGUGUGUGCGUGCGUGCGUUCGUGCGUGCUGUGCGGGCGUGCGUGCGUGCGUGCGUGCGCAGCGCGUGCGUGCGUGUGUGUGGGUUCGUGCUUGUUUUUUUUGGGUUGGGGUUUACGAUAGGUUUGCUUGGUUACGGUGUUUACAGGUUAAGGUUAGAGUAAGGGUAAGAGUAUUAGGGGUUAGGGUUAGGGGUUAGGGCAAUCGGCCAUUAGGCAAUGGGCCUGAAUUGUGUGUCCCCCGCAAAGUUAGCCGUACAAGACUGUGGGUGUGUGUGUGCUGUGGUUUGUGUGUGUGUGUGGGGUGUGUGGUGUGUGUGUGUGUGUGUGUGGGUGUGUGUGUGUGUGGUUGUGUGUUUGUGUGUGUGUGUGUGUGGUGUGUGUAUGUGUGUGCGUGGGUGUUUUUAGGGUGGUGGGGUUCCCGAUCGGGUGUUUUUUGGGUUCCGGUUCCGGUUCCGGUUUAGCGUCAGGGUCGCACGCUUAGGGGUGUAGGGUUGGGGUAGGGAAAACGGCAUUUGAAUGGGAGCUGUUAUGUGUUCCCCCCGCAAGUUAGGCCGUACAAGACUGUGUGUGUGUGGUGUGUGUGUGGUGUGUGUGUGUGUGUGUGGGGUGUGUGUGUGUGUUGUGUGUAUGUGUGUGCGGGGGUGUUUUUCGGGUUGGAGGUUAAGCGAUAGGUUUUUCACUGGUUACGAGUUUACGGUUACCGGUUAGAGUCCGGGUACGGUUAUUGGGGCGUUUGGUCGGUUCGGGGUAGGAACUCGGAUUUUUGAGGAUGGACUGAUUGUGUGUCCCCAGCGAAAGUUAGCCGUAAAACUACUCUAGGUUGUGUGUUGUGGUGGUGUGUGUUUGUGUGUGUGUGUGUGGGUUGGUGUGUUGUGGGUGUGGCGAGCCCUGUGUGUGUGUGUGUAGUGUGUGGUGUGUGUGUGUGUGUGUGUCCCAGCGGGGGGUGGGGAUCGUCCUCUCCCUCCUGUGUCCUACGACAUUGGCGCGCUCACACUGGUCCUGCUUUGGGUUUCACAAUCAGUGGAAUUUGAUGGGUGUCCCCUCAGGGGAAGUAUCCGAACAGACCGGGAACGGGAACACACCGCAUGCCUGUAGUACCUAUAUGAGAUAGGAUCCCCAUCUCCACACAAAAACACAAAAGGCAUGCAUGAGGUAGACCAUUCACAUAUUUACACCAAUGUGUUGUGUAGUUUAUUCUGGCUCUACUGGCAGUUGGACUUUCCCGCUCUGGUACCUUCACAUGUUAUCUAGUGGGACCUCGUUUCUCUGGCCCCCAUGUCAACUGUUCUCUAGUGGGACUGGUUGCUCGGGCCCCGGGAGUAACAUGUUAUAUGUGAACUUUCCUCUGGUCCCAUUCACAUGCGUUUCUAUGGAACUUUCGUCUGGUCCCAUUCAGAAUUUAUCUAGGGGCUUUUUCUCUGGCCCCUUCACAUGUGGUAUCUAGGGGGACUUUUCUCUGCCCCUUUCACAUGUUAUCUAGUGGGGGACUUUUGUCUGGCCCCAUUCACAUGUAUCUAGUGGACUUGCUGGGGGCUGGCGCACCAUUCACAUGUUAUCUUGGGACUUUUCUCUGGUCCCAUUCACGUGUUUUAUCUAGUGGGGACUUUUCUCUGGUCCAGGUGUACACUGUUAUCUAGGGGAACUGGUUUUGCUGGGUCGCCAUUCAACGUGGUCUAUCUGUGGGACCUUUCUCGGUCCCAUUAUUCACAGGUUAUCUACGUGGGACCUUUCUCUGGUCCCAUUCACAUGUUCUCUAGUGGGACCUUUCUCUGGUCCCAAUUCACAUGUAUCUAGUGACUUUGUUCUCCUGGUCCCAUUCACCAUGUUAUCUAGGUGGGACUUUUCUCUGGUCCCCCAUUCACAGGUUAUCUAGUGGACUUUUUCUCUGGCCCAUUCCCACAUGUUUAUCUAGUGGGACUUUUCUUCUCUGGCCCAUUCACACAUUUGUUAUCUAGUGGGACUUUUCUCUGGUCCCUUUCACAUGUUAUCUAGGGGGACUUUUUCUCCUGGCCCAUUUCACAUGUUAUCUAGUGGGACUUUUUCUCUGGUCCCAUUCACAUGUUAUCUAGUGGGACUUUUCUCUGGUCCCAUUACAUUUAUCUAGGGGAAACUUUUCUCUGGUCCCAUUCCCUGUAUUAGUGGACUUUCUUUCUCUGGUCCAUUCACAGGUUAUCUCGUGGGACCUUUCCUCUGGUCCCAUUCACAUGUUAUCUAGUGGGACCUUUCUCUGUCCAAUUCACAUGUUAUCUAAUGGGACUUUUCUCUGGUCCAUUCACAUGUUAUCUAGGGGACUUUCCUCGGUCCCCAUUCACAUGUUAUCUAGUGGGGACCUUUCCUCUGGUCCGCAUUCACAUGUUUAUCUAGUGGACUUUUCUCUGGUCCAUUCACAUGUUCAUCUAGUGGGACUUUUCUCUGGGCCAGUUCACAUGUUAUCUAGUGGGGACUUUUCUUUCUCUGUCCCAUUUCCACAUUUUAUCUAGUGGGACUUUUCUCUGGUCCCAUUCACAUGUUAUCUAGGGGACUUUUUCUCUGGUCCCAUUCACAUGUUAUCUAGUGGACAUUUCUCGGUCCCAUUCACAUGUUAUCUAGUUGGGCCUUUUCUCUCUUUCUCUGGUCCCAUUCACAUGUUUUAUCUAUUGGGACUUUUCUCUGGUCCCCAUCACAUGUUAUCUGAGUGGGACUGUUCUCUUUCCCAUUCACAAUGUUAUCUAUGGGACUUUUCCUCUGGGCCCCAUUCACAUGUUAUCUAGUGGGACAUUUUGGGUCCCAAUUCCCAUGUUUUAUCUGCUAGUGGAACCUUUCUCUGGUCCCAUUCACAUGUUCUCUUAGUGGGACCUUCUCGGUCCCAUUCACAUGUUUCUAUGUGGGACAUUUCUCUGGUCCCAUUCACAUGUUUAUCUAGUGGACUUUUCUCUGGCCCCCUCACAUUUUAAUAUAUUGGUGACUUUUCUCUGGUCCCAUUCACAUGUUAUCUAAAGGGAACUGUUGCUUUCUCUGGUCCCAUUCACAUGUUACUCUAGUGGGCUUUUCUCUGGUCGCCCAUUCACGGUUAGCUAGUGGGACCUUUCUCUGGCCCCCAUUCACAUGUUAUCUAGUGGGGAACUUUUCUUUUUCCCUGGUCCCUUCCCAUGUUAUCUAGUGGGAACUUCUCUCUGUCCCAUUCCAGUUAUCUCUGGGACAGGAGAGAUAGAAGAUCCACCAAAAUAGGGUUCGCCCCUGGGGGAGGGGGGAAGAGAACUUGGGCGAGGGGAGGGCAGGGAGAGGUAGAAGAGAGAGGAGGAGACUUGGGUUUAGGGGGAGGGGACGCGGGAUAUGCAGGGGUUGGUCAGCCCGGGGGGGAUUGAUGAAGACGUGUGGUGGCGGGGCCCGGGAGAGAUGGAGGAGGCAAGAUACGCUGGGUAAGGUGGCUUCUGAACGGGGGCGAAUGUGUGGGGGGGGGGAAGUGACCACGGGGCAGGGCUGGUAUGGGUGGUGGAGCGUGCCAGUAGCGCGGGUAGGAGGGAGGAGGAAAGCGGUGCGUGGGGGGGGAGAGGGGGGCAACAAGGAUGAAAUGGGAAAAAGUGCGGGAAAGUUGUAAAAGGAAUGGUAGGACGAGAGGAGGUGCGAUUGGAAAGGGGGGUGAGGAAAAAAGUGAGUGUAGGAGAAAUGAUGGAUGGCAGAGAUGAGGUCAAGGGGGGUAAAGCAAAAGUCGUUCCGGUGAAGGGUGGAAGAAACGUUAAAUAGGGUGCAGGAGGGAGGGGGCGGGGCGUGGGGUAGGGCAGAGAGGAGGGGGGGAAGCGUCCGGAAGGCCCCGGGAGGGCGUGUGAGAGACGUUCGGGUGAGGAGGUGAGGCAGGCUAUGGGGGAGGGCCCGCGGGGCAGGGUCCGGUGGGGACGGAGGGAGAGGAGGGGGGAGGGGGAUACCAUUGGGAAAGAAAACGGGGCAGGCGUGGUCUGGUCGUAUGGGAGAAGUGUUUGCUUCACGCUUGGAGGGGAAAAUUGGGCGGCUACUGGCGAGUGGGGAGACGAGAGGGAGGGUCACAGACAGGGGAAGUAAUGGUGGAAGGCUGGAGAAGGGAGGAGGAAAGGGGAAACGGAAGGCUUGUAAAGGGGGGGGUAGGGCGUGGGAGGGUAAAGUACUUAGAGGAAGGCGUGUAAGCGGCGGUGGGGGGGAAAUAGGAGGUAAGGUGUGAGUGUGAGGAUGGAAAGUUAGAGAGGAAGGUGGUACAAAGGGGGAAGAGGGGUGGGAUGGGGUCGGGAGCUGGUCUUACAGGUGCUAGGGCUAGAUAUCUCACUUCUUCGGCCUGCCUUUCGGCUGCUGCGGCCUAUUCGCCGCCUGGAUGGCAUGAUGUGCGGUUAAACGGGAGCGGAGGGGGUGGGUCAAGGCCAUGAUGAUGCUGGGCGCGCCGCUCAGAAAGGGGAGGGGGCUGAGAGGGCAUAGGGGGGGUGUGAGGUAGAGAAAGGGAGGUAUAAUGCGGGACCGGGGGAGGAUGGGAGUGAGGGGGAGAGAGUAUAGGGGAGCGGAUUGAAAAGGAGGGGAGCGGGUGGGAGAGCGCAGGUGAGAGCGCGUGACGUCAGGUCCGUGGAGGGGGGCGUGAGCGGGAAAUAGUCUGGGGAGUCGGAAACAAGGGGGGGAUGAGGAAGGUGUGGGGGGGACGAAGAUGUGAUGGGAGAAAAAGGCCGCGGAGGCCCCGGGGGGGUGCCGGAGUGCGAUGUGGAAGAGGGAGCGGUGAGGGGGGUGGUGUUAGGCGGGGAACAGGGGGCGGUGUGGAAAUGGGGGUGGAAACAGGGGGGGGAGGGAGGGGUGGGGGGAAAAACGGAGGGACCUGGAGGGAAUGGUAGGGGAAGAAAAGAUGAUAGGUAUGGCGAGGCAGGGAAUGGUUAGGGGCAGGGGGGUUGGGCAGCAGGAAGGGACGGGGAUGACCAAACAAAGGGGCGGAAAACACUGAGGGAGAAAGAAAGGGUUAAGAGGGGGGGUAGGGGGAUGAGGAUGGAGGCUGAGAAGGGGAGAGACGGGUCAUGGUUGACAAAUAAUAGCAGGGGAAGAGGAUGGGCGAAGGGACAGAGUGGGCGAGAAAGAGAGAGUCCCAAGUGUCGGUGAUGAGGGGCUCGGAGAAGACGACAGAGGGGCGAGAUGGAGAAGGGCCAGGGGGGCGGGGGGGAGGGGACAGAGGGGGAAGAAGCGAUGCUAGGGGGAAGCACGGGGAGAGGCGCAAUGCGGGUAUCGGAAUAGUGGGGGAACGAGGGUGGGGAGAGGCGGGCAGAACGGUUGAAGGGGCGAGCGGGGGGGGGGGUAGAACGAGCUAG